CUUCCUUAAAAUUUUCUCAGAAACAUUGUCUCCGUCAUUUGUUCCUCAGUUUCUAUCAAUCCUCACGGUUCCUCAGGCACUGUAACAUCGUCGAAAAUUCAAAGAGAAAGCGAUCAGUGAUCUCGAACGAUUGUGAUAGUGUUGAUCUUGAUUGAGAAUGGCUUCAACACCUUGUGCAGCUUGCAAGCUCUUGAGACGAAAGUGCACUCAAGAAUGUGUCUUUGCGCCCUAUUUUCCACCAACUCAGCCUCAAAAGUUUAUAUAUGUUCACAAAGUCUUUGGAGCAAGCAAUGUAACCAAGAUCCUCAACGAUCUCCCACCUCCAAGCCGUGAAGACGCUGUUAACUCCCUCUACUAUGAAGCCGAGGCCCGUAUCCGUGACCCAAUCUACGGAUGCGUGGGUCUCAUCUCCUUCUUACAACAAUGUCUCAAGAAAAUCCAACAAGAUCUUGUCACUGCUAAAGAAGAGCUUGCUGGUUACAUUGGACCAGAUGCUGUGAAUCCGCAACAGCCUUAUCUUCCUCCUCUAGCCAACAAUCCUCCACCCAAUUUCAUGAUGGCUAUGGAAGGAAUGCCACAUGGAGUGGUCCCUCAAGGGGAACCGUUGAUCAUGCGCGAACCAAACAUGCCUCAGCAUCAACAUCAACCGCAAGAUGAGCAGAUGCAACUCAUGGGUACUGAUGCACAUAGAAUGGCUGCAAUGAUUUUGGAGAGAGGAGACCAGCAAGGGAUGUUCAAUGGUUACGGAAUAGACAACAAUGGGUCGGUUACAGCCACUGGCUUUAACCAGAUGGAUGUGAAUGAUCACACGUCUGGUGGGUCGAUGUCUGGACCAUCUCUUGCUUUAGGAAGCUUUGGUGAUGCUUAUCAAAUGGGUCACGAGACAGAGCAUCACAUCAGUCAUGAUCAGCUUCAGACACAGCUUAUGCUUCAGCCUCCAUUACAGGAAGGUCAAGAGCAAAAUGAAGGACAGUUUCUGAUGCAGCCAAUGGGACAAGAGAAUCUCCAUGAAGAAGAGGAUGAGGAAGAGCUUGAGCCGCCGGUUAAGUGGAGGAAAUCUGAGAGCAAGGAAGCUAGUUAUUAAUUAAGACCAAGAAAAUAAUACAUUUAAUUUCAUCUGAUGGAUAGUUACUCUUGAGGGUCUAAGUUGCUUUUUUUUUUUUAAUUUUAAUAAAGGGCAUUAU